UCAUAAAUGAAAGUAAUACUUUUUCAGUCUUUUCCUCAAGCUGGAAUCAUAGAAUAUCAGCAAGGUGCUGUGGUGACAUAAGCCUGUAGGUUCGUCUUAUUUUUAAUUCUUUAUUUUUCUGAGCAUUAUACAAUCUUAUCUUAUUUGCUAGGACACCAGCUUCCUGGUAGACUGACAUCAUACUUUUUAAAGCGAUUUUUCUUACUGUCACUGCAUGACACCAUACUGUUUGAAAAUGGUUUUAUAACUCUUCCCAGACCAAUUCACAUUUUACAUUCAUUUAGUUUUUUCCAUAACAAUGUACAGCUGCAGUGUGAACAAAAACCACAUCACACAACAAAAAGGUUUUGGUGUAGACCACCAACUAGGAAGCAAAGUCAGUUUGUGCAGUACCACCAUUUUUUGUCACAUAUUACAUGAGUAACUGCCUAUAGAUUUGAGUCUGAGGGUGGUUGGACAGGUAGUGCGACGCAAAUUUAUGAAGCAGAUUAGGAGAGGAGUGGACCUGAGAGCUGUGUUUUGAGGGAUUCAGCAAUUAUGAAGGACAGAGAGAGUUAAGUCCACGAUAUUGGAGCCAAAAUCAAAAACCACUGCUGACUUUCGAUUUUGGACCUCUAAUCCAUGGGACAAGCAAGCAGCCAGAUGUAGAGGAGCACAGCACUCUUGCUGGGCACUAAGGUUUGAUUAAAUCCUGUAGGUAUUGGGAUGCUGAUCCCAAUACUGGGAUGCUGACUGUCUUAUAGGCCCUAUAGAGAGUUUUGAACUUUCUAUUGGGAAAACAGGAAACCAGUGGAGACAGACUGGGAAAAGGGAGAUACAGGAGAAUGCUUUUGCACAUCGAAAACAACUCUUGCUGUGCUAUUCUUCAUCAGUUACAGACGCCUGAUGGCAGAAACUGGAUGACCUGAAAGGAGGUAGUUGCAGUAAUCCGGGGUAGUUAUCACCUUGGUGUGGACUGGAGUUUUCUUGAUAUGGGACCACGGCACUGAUGGUGGCAUCCUACAGCGGGCAUUAUGAGAGUGCCAGAGAGCUCAUCAUGCAAGGAGCUGACAUUAACCUACAGAGAGAGACGGGCUCCACGGCGCUCUUCUUCGCCUCCCAGCAGGGACACAAUGACAUCGUGAAGCUCCUACUUGAGUUUGGGGCCUCCACAGAGUUCAAAACCAAGGACGGAGGCACAGCUCUUUGUGCAGCAUGUCAGUACGGUCACCCCAGAGUGGUGGAGACCCUGCUGAAGAAUGGAGCCAAUGUUCACGACCAGCUGCACGAUGGUGCCACUCCGCUUUUCCUCGCUGCCCAGGAAGGUCAUGUGACUGUCAUACGUCACCUUCUGUCAUCUGGAGCCAAAGUCAACCAUCCACGAGAGGAUGGAACUGCCCCCCUUUGGAUGGCCGCCCAGAUGGGGCACAGCGAAGUUGUGAAGGUCCUUCUGUUACGGGGAGCUGAUCGGGAUGCAGAUCGGAAGGAUGGAUCAACGGCUUUAUUUAAGGCUGCUCACAAAGGAUAUAAUGAUGUUCUUGAGGAACUCCUGAAAUUCUCACCUUCUCUUGGCCUUUUAAAGAAUGGGUCAACAGCCCUCCAUGCCGCGGUGAUGGGUGGAAAUGUGCAAUCAGUUGGGCUUCUAAUCAGGGCCAAUGCAGAUCCCACUUUACCAAACGAGAACAACGAACUGCCAGCCAACCUUACGAAAAAUGAGCGCAUCCUCAGAGUUCUGCGACCAAAGAUGUUGAACGGACGGAGUUGAUGAUUGCCUCCUGUCUUCAUUGCUUGGCCAGUCAUUCCUGGGUCCAAAAACUGCACUAAGAUCCGAUGAAAGGCUGCCAGACACACAAACUAGAAAAGACGGCUGGCUCACAGUGUUCCGGUGCUUGCUUUCAAUUGCUGCUUGGGAAGACAUGCAUUAUUAAGUAGCCAUAACAUAUACAGAUGAGGAGGGUCAAUUAAUGUAUCACAGAACUAAUGUGUUUGCAGCAAGAAUAUGUGUCUUUUCCUUUUGAUGUGCAUACCUAAACUGUUUUCUGUUUCUUUUUUAUCUUUUC